UGGACUCUGCAAAAGGAAGUGAGGCGGCAGUUUGGGGCCACGGUGGCCACCAUGUUCUGCUGGGUGACGGCCACGCAGUUCCACCUGAUGUUCUACUGCACGCGGACGCUCCCCAACGUGCUGGCACUGCUCGUGGUCCUGCCGGCGCUCACGGCCUGGCUGCAGCUGAAGUGGGCCCGCUUCAUCCGGCUCUCGGCCUUCGCCAUCCUGGUGUUCCGAGCGGAGCUGAGCCUGCUCCUGGGCCUCGUGCUGCUGCUGCUGCUGCGCUCGCGGAGGGUGACGGUGGCGCGGGCCGUGCGCUGCGCCCUGCCGGCCGGGACUCUCUGCUUGGGCCUGACGGUCGCCGUGGACUCCUAUUUCUGGCGAUACCUCGUGUGGCCGGAGGGAAAGGUGCUUUGGUACAACACCGUCCUGAACAAAAGUUCCAACUGGGGAGUAUCCUGCUGGUGUGUCUGCGGGGCGGGCGAGGUGGUCACCCCUGGCCUCACUCAGGCCGCCGCACCCGCGGGGACACCUGCGGGGACACCUGUGGGGACAGCACCCUGCCGUCAGGCGCCGCUUCUCCCUCAGCCUUCGGGAUGAUCGUUAACGAUAGCCUGUAACGUUUUGCUGCCAACAGUCAGCGUAGGCACAGGUGGGACAUCUGGUGUGAUGGGUCCCCAGCGCAUCCGUCCUGCGGGGACAAGCUGUUCUGGGGGGCGGGG